AUGCGAACUCGUCACGAGAAUAUUGCCGAUCCCGCUUCGAAGAAGUCUGUACGCCACUACUACCAAAUCUCCUCAAAUGAGGGGACAACAGCUCAGUCCGAGGAAGCAGUGCUCAAGCUUCUCGUUGCAGUCAGUGAAGCAGAUGAGACUUCUGUUCAGGAAAUGAUAUCAGCCAAGGUGGACCUCUAUGGUAGAGACUCGACAGGUAGAACUGCAGGGGACAUAGCGGCGACGAAAGGGCAUCUCGGUGUUAUGCAAUUGUUAAUUGGAGCCGGUAUCAACGUCAACUUCAACAAAACUCAGCCUUGGCUCUACCAAGCUCUGAAAGCGGGCAAGUUCGAGACCGCAAAAUGCCUUUUAAAAGCAGGUGCAUUCCAAAACGCCACGACACAUAUUGGUGGCAGAUCAUCCACAAUUUUUGGAGAGAUGCUUGUAACACAAAGUUCGGAAGCAGUCGAGCUGUUACAAAAACAUCGAAACGAAAAUCUGCUGCAACCGCUAGGAAGAUUACAAGAGCUCUACACAAGAUCCAUCGGCAAAGACGACUCUCCUCGUACAUUGCAAUGUUUAAAGCUCAUGUCCCAGAUCGAACCCAACCUGUGUGGGGGCGAUACCAAGUUUCAAUUUGUGCAAACACCACCUCUACACAUUGCUGCUGCUACAGGUGCUGUCGGUGUCGCCAGCUUCAUACUCGACCUAGGAGCGGAUGUUGAAGCCAAGUCAAAGGCUGGUGACAGUCCUUUAAUUCUCGCGAUCAAGAGCAAUCACUUGCCAAUGGUGAAACUUUUAUUGGGACGCGGGGCAAGCUUGCAUGCUAUAAGUCACAUACAACUCCAUGGUCCUGACGACUUCAUGCCUCCCAUGCCUCUGAUGAUUAGCCCCAGCAGGAUCGCCAUGAUACGUCUAAUCUUCAAGCAACGGGGCUUAUCACAAGAUGAACAACCACUCCAAAUUCCAUCAUGGCGUCAGAUAUUUAUAUGCCAACCAAGAGAUAAGAGCGAAAGAGUGGCCUGGAUACAGAUUGAAGAUUUUCCCUCUUUUCACAUACAUAGUGAUAUUGCAGAAGCCCUCGUGGAAUUGGAAGAGAAUGAAACACCUCUUCCAGCGUAUAUUUUCUACUCCAGCGUAUAUUGUCUACCCCAGCGUAUAUUGCAUCAUUCUGGAAUCAGAGGGAAAACAGACCAAAAAGGUUGUGAUCAGGUAGGCGCGGGCGACGAAGUACGAUAA